AUGGAUCCACCAUUCUCUGAAGGCGAGCAACCUCCCAGGUACACGAGCGGCCUGGUUCCCGGAGCCGCCCAACAAUCAAGUUGCGUGUCAGAGCUUGCCUCCAUGGAUACUGCAUCCUACUACACGCCAUCGCCUGUGGCUCAAAUCCAGUCGCCGCACCCUUCAGAAGCUGCCUCUCUGCCCUCAACUUCCGCCUCGUACGAAAUUCACUAUUGCCCGUCUUGCCCGUCUCCUACUGUGAUCAUCGACGGAUACACAACGUGCUUCCCGUCCAUGACUUCCAACCCUCAGCACUUCCCCAGAAGCCACCAUCACCACGCCUGGUCGUCGCCUCCUCCAGGAUCAGACGAGUUUGACGAAUACUCUUACCACGCUUCUCCCACCUGCGCCAGUAGCGACACUUGCUACAACCCUUCGCCCGUCUCACCAACCUCGUGGCCGUCCCCGCAGUGCCCGCACCAUACCCUUCAGCAGCCGCUGGACCAGUUCCCUUCCCAAGACUCCUUCAAGAACCUACAGAUCUGCACCCCAACCUCUACAGACAGCUUCCCCCUCCCCACCCGCGGCCCCCAGCUCGCCGCGUCUUACACGGGGAGUUUCAUCGACCGCUGUCUCGACGCGGACAUCGACGGACUGCCCCGAGAUAACACCUCCGGGAGGAUUCAAGACUUCCUGAGUGCGAGUCUCCCUGCCACACCCUCGCCCGGCGAGUUUCCUGCAGGAACUCCCAUCUACAUGCCCGCCAUCAACCAGGAUGACGCCUCAUUGGGCGGACCGCAGAACCUGGCGAGCCCAGAUGGAAACCCCAUCUUCAUGCCCGCUACCAACCCUAAUGAUGCCUCACUGGGCAGCCCGCAGAAUUUGGCGAGCCCAGAUGGAAACACCGAAACCAGAGAGCCCAACAUUGAGGACACACCCAUCAGAGAUGAUGAACCGUACGCCCAACUUAUCUACCGCGCCUUCAAGAGCCGGGACGACCACACCAUGACGCUGCAGGAGAUCUACUCUUGGUUCCGCGACAACACCAAGAAGGGCAACAGCCAGAGCAAGGGUUGGCAGAACAGCAUCCGCCACAACCUCAGCAUGAAUGCGGCAUUUACGAAGCGAGACGACAAGACAUUGCAGACGGUCAUCCUCGUUGGCAACCGGGCGUCGCUGCCCACUGACUCCAAGCGAUCCACGGAGUGGGUGCUCGCCGACUGGGCCAUCAAAGACGGAGUGCAGAGCACCACACGCUAUCGCAAGGGCAACCCAACACGCAGCAGGGCUUCUUCCCAAAGCGGAAGCCAGCAGACCGAUGGCCAAAUCUCCACAAGGGCCAUUUCCGGCCGUAGAGGCGGAAACGCCGCGAGCCGCGCCAGGUUGCGCAGUCGCCAGAACGCCCAGCAGACGUCUAUGCCAUUGACUCCCGCAACGGUACAGCAACUGCCCUUGCCUAUCGGGCCACCCUUGCGGCCGGCGAUGCCCUCGAGCAUGUACCCAUAUGGCGGUGAUGAGAUGCUUCAGACGCCUCUUCAGACGCCGCCGCAGAUGGCUAUCACGCAGAACCCAACCUACUCGCCGCUUACCCCGGAGACGAAUGCUCCAGAUUCGUUCUCUCUGGUGCUUCCAGAGGCGAGCCAAGCACACCAUGGCGUCAGUGCCAACCCAGCCGCUGCAUAUGCGCUUGCAAGUGGGAACCAGGGAUCCUUGUACAAUGCGCCAUCCCCAUCCGAGUUCCCCUUCAGCUUCAACGACAUCUCCGGCAUGUACCCGGGCGAAUACUCCCAGAACAACAGCCAACACAUCGUUGGCGGGGCUAGUGGAAGCCUGUUUCCCAUGAACGGUGAUGCCGCUUCCUACGGAUGGGGCAAUGACGCGCCUUAA